UCAAAGUGUUUGCGACUGAUUUUUGUUUUGUUAAAUUAAAAUGCGACAGUUCUAAUUAAAAAGUGUUGCGAUUUGUUUGUAUUUUCCUGGAAAAUUUUUUAACGAAACAGCGUUGAAUGUUCCCGGAAAAAUGACAGUUUUAAUUUCGAUAAUUAUUUCGGUGAUAUGGUGUUGUGAUCGAAUUGGAGCCGAUGUUUCACAUCUCAAGUCAACGAAUCAUAAUCACUUUCAAUCGUUCAAUGGAUACAAUUACAAUCCACCAUUGCAUCAAUUGCCAAGUCCAGCGCCAAGUCCUCCGAUUACAACCACAUUCCGACCCGAAAUCAUCGUUAAUAAAGCAGAGCCGUCGAAUGUGUAUCUACCACCACCCACACCGUCAACGGAAACUUCAAUUGUGAUUCAUCCGCCGGAUGAUCUCGAGGGCGUGUAUUUACCUCCAUUUCAUGAAGAAAUUCCACCGCCACAAACGGAACCACCACAAAAUUACUUACCACCCGAACCGGAGCCCGACUAUCAGUAUUUGCCACCGCCGCCGGCCGAUGAAAUUAACGAAGGCUACCAAUAUUCAAGACCGAAACAACCCAAAUAUUUGCGAAAUUCAAAUGUUCUUCUCAACUCCAAACCGGGUGCUCUGCACAUAUCUGUAAAUAAUUUGCGAUGCCUCGAAGGGAAUGGCGGCUAUUUCCAAGCAAAUAUCGUUGUGCAGAGUUUCAUUGAAAAUCUGCCCAUAAUCGAUUCAGACACAAUUGAUUCACGCUGCCAAUUUCAUCUGGUUGGCGUUCAAUUGAUCUUGAACAUUGCAUACAUUGACUUUCAACGAUGCGGAAUUGCCCCAUGCGGCAGCCGAGAACUUUGUGUCAACUUGAGAUUCCCUCAAAUCUUCGGAAUGAAAGCAUUAGAUGACAACUUGCUCACAUUGAAGUGUAAAAUACAGGAGAGAGUGAUUAGCAAAACGCACGCAUUUCGAUUUGGUGUAUCACAUUCGGGACAAGCUCGAAAUGCCGUUGUGUUCGCACACGGUGGAGGAAAGCAAAGCCUUCGCACACAGCUCGGAUUAUAUCGUCAAUCAGGCAGUGGAUUUACAAAAAAUUUGGACGCGGGAGGAUUUGUUCAAUUGGGCGAAGAACUAAUGCUUCGUGCUCAAGUGAAAGCUGGCGAUGGAUGGAAUCACACGCGUGUUUCGGAUGUUACACUACAGAGGCUCGGAUCAAAUGGCGAAGUGCUGAAUUCAGCCACUUUGAUCAAAUCAAACGGAUGCAUCAAUCCACAAAUGAACUCGGUGUGUUCGCUUCCGCCAGUAUUUGAGCCACCGCUGGGUUAUCGUUUUGGAUUUCGUGCCGUCAUGUUUCAAGGGAUGAAAAGUGGCGAUGAAAUGAUUAUGACCGUUCGAGUUUUGGGAUGCAUGGAUCAUCAUGAUUGCCACUUGGAUCCCAUAAAUUGUGCAGACCAUCAGACAACAAACCGGGUUCGGCGACAAGCGGAACGUGAUAAGAAUGCUGAUAAAACACUGGAGCCUUUAGUCGACGUUUCGAAUAUAUCAUUUCGAGUCGUGAUGCCAUCCGAUAGACAAACGAUCAAAUCGUUCAGUCACGAGACAGUCAACAACAGCAACAACAAAGGCGAGAUUGCAUUCUUCGUCACAGUCGCCGUUGUUAGUUUUUUAAUUGUAAUUGUUUUAAUUAUCAUUAAGCAACGGGUGCAUCGGCAAUUUUUUGUAUGGGAUAAAUAUUGAAUAAGGCUUCCGUGUGUGGAACUGCGCAUUGUAGGAAUGAAAAAAAAAAAUACUUGAACAAUUGAAUGAUUGAUUGAAAACAUCAAAAAAAUGAAUAUUAUACAUGAAAA